UAUAAGCCCGUUUCGCCCCGAGGCGCUCGUCCCCGAAUCAGAACCACGCGCCCCAUUGGCUCGGCGCCUCCACCGCGCACACGCGCACACCGGUCGCCCGCCCAAAGCCUUUCCCGCCCCGCCGUCUCGCUCGUUUUACCGCAGCAUUUUGUUGUUGCUCUAGCGGGCGGCCGGGUUUACUGCACUCGGUGGAAUCGCGACCGGUGGUGUGUGAGGAAGAGAGCGCGCGGCGUUGUUGGGUGUGUUCGUGAAUCGGGCGGGAUGGACGCGGUGGACAGAGGCGGAGGCGGAGGCGGUGGAGGAGCGCGCGGGCACGGGCGGAGAUGGAAGGGGAAGGGAGUGAGCGCGGCGAUCUCCUCCUCCGCGGCCGAGACGCAGCAGCCGGUGCCAGUUUUAGAAGACGCGCCGGCGGCCGCAGCAUUGCUCCGUCCCCAGAAGAAGAUCCGCAGCCCCGAUCGUCGCCUCCAGCGCUCCAUCUCCUCGCUGUCGUCGGCCCCUGCUUCCCCCGACUCGUCCUCUGUCUCCAACCCCAUGUCUCCCCCGGCGAUGUCCUUGCCGAAUCAGCCGCCAUCGUCGCGACAUAUAUUUCCGUUCGCGUACGAUCCGUCUCCGGGCGCGGCGGCACCAAGGCUCCUCCCGCUGCUGCAGUACUCCAGCUUGUACCCGCAGCCUCUGCUGCCGCAGCAGCAAUCACCCUUGCAGAAUCAGCAAAUGAUAUCGUUCGGCAGUAGCCAGCAGCAGCAGCAGCAGCAGCCGCAGUUUGGGGCGGCGUCUCCUCUGUUCCCGCCGCAGUUCUUGCCGCCGGAGGAGCAGCAGCGCCUGCUGCUGCGCUACUGGAGCGAGGCGCUGAACCUGAGCCCCCCAGGCGUGCGCGGCGGCGCCCUGCCGCCGUCGCUGUACCAGCACCUGCUGCGCGCGCCUGGGCCGCCCAAACUGUACCGCGGCGUGCGGCAGCGCCACUGGGGGAAGUGGGUGGCGGAGAUCCGCCUGCCGCGGAACCGCACCAGGCUGUGGCUCGGCACGUUCGACACCGCCGAGGACGCAGCCAUGGCGUACGACCGCGAGGCCUUCAAGCUCCGCGGCGAGAACGCGCGGCUCAACUUCCCCGACCUCUUCCUUGGCAAAGGCCGCACCGGCGGGAGCGGACGCACCAGCGCCAGCGCCGCGGCCUCCUGCUCCUCCUCCUCCUCUUCGGCUCCGCCUACACCGGACGAGAGCCACACGCAGCAAGCUCAGCCGCAGCCGCAGCAGCCUACAGAAGAGUCAUCCAACACUGAACCGAAGCCUCUGCUCUUCGUAGCAGAGCAGGACGGCAUUCCAGAACCCGAGCUGAAUCCUCAGCUCCAGACAGCUGAACAACAUGGCAGCGACGGCAACACGGCCAUGUUCCAGCCGUCGGUGACGUCCGGCGGCAUUUGGGGUCCGGCCGACGAGGCGUGGUUCAGCGCUUGGGGGCCAGGAAGCUCCGUCUGGGACUACGACAUGGACAGCGCCCACGGCCUCCUCCUCCAGUCUCGCUUGGCCGGUGAGCAGACCGGCAUGGACUACGCCUACACCGCGCCGGAAGUCCUCGUGGCACCGGUGCCGGCGGCAGGGACAGCCAUGGCCACUGCCGCUUCCUCCUCUCUUCCUCCUCGUCCUCCCCCUCCUUGCCACAGUCCAACCUUCGCAUGGAAGGACUAAACAGCAUCACACGCCACUCUUACACGCAGGAACACCUAGGUUGUGAGAUGCACACAGGUUGCAAAUUUUUGAGACAGCUUGUGGCAUCGCACAGUAUGAUCAGCGAUCACAUCGCAGGAAUAUCUCAACUCCUCGAGGGCAUUCCCAUUCCCGACCUUCCUCUCUGACCAAUCUCCUCCUGAAAACCACAAGGAAAAACCCGGCUGCAUUUUUUAGGCUGGGAUAAGGAUGGCCAAAUAUUACAAGCGUCAUCCUUAUCGAUCUUUCCAUGAUUUUUCAAAGAUGGAUUCUUUUAGACAUUUGACUAGCUAGUGAUCGUAUCAGUGUCUGUCACCUGCAGGAUUUGUAGUUGAAUGUAGCAUGUAAGGGUUUAAGGAUUCCUGAAAGAGGCUUGGAAAGAGGAGACGGGUUUUAUGCUCUCCUCUGUUCUUACUUGAUGCUUGUGUUUUCUUCA